AUGUCUUACGCCAAUCGUCACCGUUCCCGUUCUCGUUCGAGGGAUCGUUAUGGGGGCAGCUUUGGCGGGUCUAGGGGCUAUGAUACUGGUGGUUACAGCACUGCUGGAGCUGGGGGCUUUGGCUUUGGUGGUGGUGGAGGAGGCAGUGGAAGCUCCUUUAUGAAUUCUGGUCUUGGCGCUCGUUUGCAUUCUCAAGAUUGGAGUCACAUCCAGUUGACCAAGUUUGAGAAGAAUUUUUACAUAGAGCAUCCGGACGUUAGUCGCCUUACCCCUGAGGAAGUUGACAAUAUCAGAAGGAAGCACGACAUCACCAUCGUGGCCGGUCGUAACGUACCUCGUCCCAUCGUUACCUUCGAGCAAGCGGGUUUCCCUGACUACAUUCUGCAUGAACUGGCACAAGCUGGGUUUGUGGCUCCGACCCCUAUACAAAUACAAGGUUGGCCAGUUGCUAUGUCGGGCCGUGAUAUGGUGGGCAUUGCCGAGACCGGGAGUGGGAAGACUUUGGCCUUCCUUCUCCCUGCUAUUGUUCAUAUCAAUGCUCAGCCCUACCUUCAACGUGGUGAUGGUCCGAUCGUCCUGGUUAUGGCUCCAACGAGGGAGUUGGCAGUUCAGAUUCAGGAGGAGUGCAAUAAGUUUGGCAAGUCGUCUAAGAUCAAGAACACUUGUUGCUAUGGAGGAGUCCCCAGAGGCCCUCAGGCUAGGGAUCUUUCCGAGGGGGUGGAGAUAUGUAUUGCCACGCCCGGCCGAUUGAUCGAUUUUCUGGAGUCGCAGAGGACCAAUUUACGUAGAGUCACCUACUUGGUGUUGGAUGAGGCCGAUCGUAUGCUUGAUAUGGGAUUCGAGCCUCAGAUUCGCAAGAUUACAUCGCAGAUCCGUCCAGAUAGGCAAACGUUGUUGUGGUCGGCGACGUGGCCCAAAGAGGUCCAGGGCUUGGCGAGGGACCUGUGUCGGGAGGAGCCUGUCCAUAUCAAUGUUGGUACUCUCACUCUGAAGGCUUGCCACAAUGUUACGCAGUAUGUGGAUGUGGUACAAGAGUACGAGAAGAGGGACAGACUGAAGCAACUCCUUGAGAGGGUUAUGGAUGGCUCUAAGCUGCUCAUUUUUACUGAUACUAAAAGAGGAGCUGAUGACCUCACGAGGACGCUGAGGAUGGACGGUUGGCCAGCCCUGUGCAUUCAUGGUGACAAGAAGCAAGAGGAGAGGGAUUGGGUACUUCAUGAGUUUAAGUCGGGUAAGAGCCCCAUUAUGAUUGCUACAGAUGUAGCUAGUCGUGGCCUGGACGUAAAAGACAUCCGCCAUGUUGUCAACUAUGACUUCCCGGGUCAGAUCGAAGACUAUGUGCAUAGGAUAGGCCGUACGGGAAGAGCGGGGUGUAAGGGGAAUGCUUAUACGUUCUUCACUGCUGAUAAGAUUAAGAUGGCCAGAGGCCUAGUUCAAAUCCUACGCGAGGCGAAUCAAACGGUAUCGCCCGAACUGGAACGCCUGUCAAUGACGGUUGGAGGCUUCGGUGGUGGAGGCGGCGGCGGCGGCGGCGGUCGUUGGGGAGGAGGUUAUCGUCGCUACUAGGACGUUGGUAAAAUAAAAUUUUCGAGAAGGUGGCCACUGCGUUCGGCAGUCUACGUUUGUUGAUGAGAACGUCCAUUACUACUUUUUUUACGAGGCGGCACAGAUGAUAAUUGAUUUGAGUUUUAUUGUUAACACUAUAUUGUAUAUGCAAGAACGAGCACCGAAUGUUGUCGAGACGGGAGUGUUAGUGUUGUUGCUACAUGCCGCAUGCGUGUAGGGACCAUCGCUCGCCGUCUCCUCGCAUGAGUGGAGGAGGAGGGCUGCUCUAUGGUGCUCGUUUGAACGCGACGACAUUGUUGGGUUCAGUAUUGUGGCCCACAAUUUGUGGGGGCAGUGUCGGAGGAAUAUAUGUUUGCUUUCCUUAGAUGAGCUCAGGAGUUGUCUCACUUAUCACAGGAGUUCAUAUAGUACUAAGAUUCGGAAACCAAUGAGAAUCUUCGAAAAUUUUCUCAGAAUUUUCCCCACGCUUCUGUAGGGCGUGAAGAGUAUCUUGCGCUCUUGAGCUUUGUGUCUGUCCCCUAAGCGUGCUGUGCAAGGAGGUUUGAUUCAUCGCCUUGGAGCGUAUAACUUGAGAAUGUACGUUACUAGUUGAGAUGUAGGGUGGUGUUAGUGCGUGGGGUGUCUCUGUCGUAGGACGAAGCGGAUCAUUUACUGGGUUGAGGCAUGUAUUUCGUGGUGUGGUAACGUCUGAGGGCGACGGGGACAGCGAACACAAUUGGUGUUGUGGCUAAGUUCCUGGCGUUCUCCUAUGUCAUGUCAUAAAUACCCCUGGCACGUCAAGUAAACUCCUUAUCUGGUUGUUAUCUGUCCUUGCUACUAGUUAUAGG